AUGACUAACUCUACCAUAGUGACUGAAUUCCUACUUACAGGAUUUUCUGAUGUGUGGGAGAUCAGAAUUUUGCUAACCAUGCUAUUUCUACUGAUGUACUUGGCUACUCUAAUGGGAAACCUUCUCAUUGUCACAGCAAUCACCACUGACCAUAGUCUUCAUGAACCGAUGUACUUCUUUCUUUGGAAUCUGUCUGUCCUGGACAUGUGUUACAUAUCUGUCACUGUACCCAAGGCAUGUGUCAUCUUCUUAUUUAACAAUAGGGUGAUCACCAAGUUUGGAUGUGCAGCUCAGAUCUUCCUCAUGUUUUCAUGUGCCUCUGCAGAAUUUGUGUUACUCACCAUCAUGGCCCGUGACCGCUAUGUGGCCAUCUGCCAGCCCCUCCACUACCAUGUGGUCAUGAACCCUCGUGUCUGCGUCCAGAUGUCACUGGCCUGUGUGAUAACUGGCCUGGCCUAUGCAGGUGUACACACUGGCAACACAUUCUGUUUGUCAUUCUGUCAAUCCAAUGUGAUCCAUCAGUUUUUCUGUGAUAUUCCCUCUCUGCUGAAGCUCUCCUGCUCUGACACCCUAAGUAACAAGAUUGCAAUUUUUUCAUCUGCAAUAAUAAUUUGUGGUGGCUGCUUUUCCUUCAUCAGCAUGUCUUAUAUUCACAUAUUUUCUACUGUUCUUAAGUUACCAACCAGAGCAGAACGAGGAAAGGCCUUUUCUACCUGCAUCCCUCACAUCCUCAUAGUUACAGUCUUUCUCAGCUCUGGUUCUGCUGUGUAUCUGAAGCCAACCUCCAACUCACUUUCAGUCCAAGACAUGAUCAUGUCUGUGUUCUAUUCCAUAGUUCCCCCAUUCUUGAAUCCUAUUAUCUAUAGUCUUAGAAACAAGCAGAUAAAGAAAGCUGUAAGUAGAAUUUUAAGAACAGCAGUUACUACAUUCAAGAAAACG